UUUAAAACAAAAAAAAUUGAGAGUGUUGGGGGGUUUAAAAUAAAAACAGAGUGAAGCAAGUAGUAAAUCCCAAUGUAGGACUGAGGUUGCAGGGAGGGAAACGGCGCGGGAAUGCAGGACGUCAAACUGGAUGAUUUCAUUUGCCAUCUUCGGAAAGAAAUGAUAAAUAUGAAGGAGGCGGGAGCGUGUCUUCGAGACCAAAUGCAGUGUAUGAUGCAAGCGCUGCAGGACCUGAAGCAGAUUCACAACAUCAGCAGCCUGAGCCUGAAGGAAGAAGAGGAACAGAGACCCCUGCCUCCCACCAAGGGGAGGACCUCCCACAGUUUUACCUCGGACAUCUCCGAGUCAGACACAUACGACUCUGCGUGCUGUCUGGCAUCUCCCAGAAGCGAGGAGGAAGGCAGCCCCUCAGUGUUUGCGUCGCACUCCAGUGACCGUAGCUUGGAGUUCGACUCGGGUUAUUCAGAGGCUUCUGGGCCCACGCUGACGAAGGCGGCACGCGUCGGAAGUUCGCCGUGCCUGAGAGAAAACAGACUUCCCCCGGUUGGGAUUUUGAGAAAUAAGAUUGGCCUCGGGCCAAACAAAAAAAUAAGACCGAAGUCUACCUCUGAUGUUUAUUCAGAACAGUCCUCUUGGAAGAUUUUCGAUUACGCUGAUCCCAAUGAUUGGACAGUGAAUUUGCUCUCCCAGAGCAGGAACAGGCAGCCCCUCGUACUGGGGGACAAUUGCUUUGCUGAUCUGGUGGAAAAUUGGAUGGAUCUACCAGAGGAGGCGGACGAGAUGACGGAACCAAGGGGGAAGGAGCACUCCAGCAGAUGGUUGGGGAAGCCUCACGACUUCAUCCUGAACAUCUCCGGAAAUGUCAGGCGCAAACUGGCCAACAUCUCCAGGUCUGACAGGUCAAAGAGUACGGAUCCAAAGCACCAAAGCAGCAGAGACAACAGCCAUGCGCACAUGCUAUCAAAGAGACUCUCUUGUCCGACAAAUUUGGCUAAUUACAUGCCAAAGCUCUCUUAUCUCCAUCGUUCUCACUCUAGCCUACCCCAGACGCAUGAAGCAUCAACAGACUUUGAUAAAUUCAUUGCUUUGAUGAAAAGCAGAAGUAGGAAACCAAUUAUUUGCAAGGACACAAUUAGUUAUGUAUAGAGUAAACAAAACGCACAUAAAGCUAAUGCUUCAUAUUUGAGGCAUACAUUAAUCUUGUUUUUUUAUAUCUCUUUUUGAUAUAAGCCAAAAUGUAUAAAACCAUUUAGUUUGUUUCCAUACAUUUUAUAUUUUAUACAUUGCCUUAAAAAUAAACACAAAGAAU